CGUAACAAAGUUGCUGUUAAAUUUAUCAAAACUCUUGUUUAUAAUAAUCAAAAUACUACUUUGAGUAAAGAAAAAAUCUUUAAAACUGCUGUUGCAAUUGAUGUAAUAUAUGAGACACGAUAUGGAAAAUAUGUAUCAGAAAUUCAGCUUAUGACCUCAGCUAUCAAAUAUUCAAUUGCACGAUCGUAG